AUGAAGAGUUUUAGAGCAGCGCUGGGUGUGUCUGGUUUAUCGUUGGGGGCCUUCUUUUGGGGGACUAAUAGUAGCGUCAUUUUGAACGAGUCGAAACGUCAAUUCUAUCAGGACGAUGCUUCCGUGGUUCCCAUUCCUGGAACCAUUGUUCCGGCAGCUGGUACUGAGAUUGAAGCUUUAGGUAAGAAUAAGAUUGUCAAUGGGAUAUCUAUUCGAUCCCCUAGCCCGUUGGAAGCCACUUUCUCCUCGGUCAGAAAAACCAUAAACGAUGUGUAUAAACAAGCUGAGGACAAAUUUUACAAUGUCUCCACUAAAUACUAUGAAACUGAGUCCAAAGUAGCCUCGCAAGUGGCCCAAUUACAUGAAAAAAGAGAAGAUCUUUUACCAAAUGGAAUUUAUGUUAUCGUUGGCACCUUGGCAGGAUCCAUUUUUGCCAGAAGGAGGAACAUUCUACUCAGAGCUAUUACUCCGGUGGCAUUUGGUUUGGUCACAUUCAAAAUAUUCCUUCCGGAAACUUUUGGGAACACCGUCGGAUUUGCUUGGAAACUGGAGCAGGAAAAAAUCCCAAAAGUCGCCGAAACGCAACGAAAUGUCGUUUCCAAGGCAGAAGAGCUCUACAAAGACGUGGAGUCUACAACCGAAUCGUCGCGUGCUGCCGCCCAAUCAUUGCUCCACAAGAGCAGAGACUAUGUUUCACAGGUGACCGGUCUGAAUCUAGAUCAAAAGGUCAUCAAUGGCGAUGCUACGACUACGAAAAACAGGUAG